AUGCCUAGGUUGUCCCCGGCCGACAAGGCCGCUGCCAAAAAGCGUGCCAAGCAGAUCCAAGAGGCUGUCUACCUCUGUGGAACUGCUCCAUUCUCCCGCGUCAUGAUGAUGACUCAGGAGGAAUUGAGAACACUCAUGCUCGAUCUUGGUGAUCAACGCCCAACUCGCGAGCCUGGCAAUACUAUGCGCAAGGAGGUCAUGAAGCUCCAAGGCGCUAAAUUCCAAGCCUUCUGCAAAUAUGGCAGCAUCUGGGACAAUAUGUCACAGCAUUACGAGGCCAUUAAUGAUGCUGAAGACCGCCUCCGCAAUAGUAAGGGUGCCACCCCGCAGCAGUUGGAGUCAGCUAUCGCUGUGCUGCAAUUCUACCUGGAUAACUCCACCAAGAUCCUCAACCACGGCUAUGAUCUCAUUCGCAUGCUUAAUGAGAACGAGGCCUUUUCUCUCCGCCAGCUUGUUGCCGCCCAAGGAGACGCUACGAUUCAUCGCCAAGAUCGCGUUUACUACCAAAUCACGGCCAGCCGCGCGACACUACUCUGCUGCAAAAUCCGCGCCAAGAUGACGAAGCCUUUCAAGUGCUGCACUGCUACGGCUAAGAAGGCGGCUAAGAAAUUUUGCCGUAAGAUCAGAAGGGCGAAGAAGAAGAUGGGGAAGAAACCAGCGGGUGCACUUGUUGUGUUCUAA